AUGGUGGGUAAGGUCAACGAUGUUGGUGGAUCGAUCGUCGUUCACGCUUUCGGUGCCUAUUUCGGUCUUGCAUGUUCCAGGGCGUUCGCCAGUGACAAGCAAAGAGAUCACGAUAAUGAGGGCUCUGUCUAUCAUUCGGACAUCUAUGCCAUGAUCGGAGCCAUCUUCCUGUGGGUGUUCUGGCCAUCGUUCAACGCCGCGGUUGCCGAGCCGGCAGAUGCUCGUCAACGAGCUGUCUGCAACACGGUUCUUUCGCUAGUUGCCUGCACCAUCACCACGUUCCUCGUCUCCCAGGCCACGGAUCAUCACAAGAAAUUCGAUAUGGUCCACAUCGCGAACUCCACUCUUGCCGGUGGAGUGGCCAUCGGAACAACCGCAAAUGUCGUGCUCCACCCUCUCCACGCGCUCAUUGUUGGUGUCAUCGCUGGAUUGAUUUCUGUGAUCGGAUUCAGAUACAUUACGCCUUUCCUGUCGAACAAGCUCGGAGCUCAUGACACCUGUGGAGUCAACAAUCUGCACGGAAUGCCGGGUGUACUAGCUGGUCUCCUUUCAGCGGUCUUUGUCAUGGCAUACGAUCCGGCUGAUUACGGCAAGAGCUUGAACCUUAUCUAUCCGGCCAUGAAGAGCGACACCAAUGAAUCAGGCAUCUCGGCUGCUGCACAGGCCGUCAACCAGCUCGUCGGUCUCGCCUUGGUCCUAGUAUGCUCGCUCAUUUCUGGACUAAUCACUGGAUUCAUCCUGAAACUGAAAGUAUUCAACCAAGUACGCCACACGGAAAUGUAUGCCGACGGUGACUUCUUUGAAACGCCAGCUGAUUACGAUUUCACGACGAGGAUCAUUUCUCACAUCGACCGUGUCGAGAUCAACGAAUACAGUAAACUUACCCAGAAAGAAGUUUAA